AUGGUUUCUCAUUUCUGUGCCGAUUCUGAUAAAUUGUGCUCCUUUUUGUAUGCUGUGCAGCUGGAAGAAGCAUUCACCAAUGACACGAUGUGCUGCGAUUUGGGGCGGUUAGAGCCUGACGAGUCUCCAUCUCAAUCUCCAUCUCCAUCUCCAUCUUUGAUUACUCUCGAGGAAAGCAGUAGAGACACCACCAUGAACAAUCAUCACCAUCAGCUGACGAUUUCGACCGAAGAUGCUCUGGCCAGCUUGCUCGAGCUAGCAGCCAAUGACGACGUUGAGAGCUUCAAGCUCUCGAUCGAGCGCGACCCUUGUUGCGUGGAUGAGAUCGGGCUGUGGUACUGUCGUCGAAAGGGGUCCAAACAGAUGGUCAACGAGCAGAGAACCCCGUUGAUGGUUGCAGCAACUUACGGCAGUGUUGGUGUGAUGAAGCUGAUUCUCGCCUUCUCUCAAGCCGACAUCAACCAAGCCUGCGGAGUGGACAGCACCACCGCACUUCACUGUGCUGCUUCUGGUGGUGCCGCGAGUGCUGUCGAUGCAGUCAAGCUCUUGUUAUCAGCUGGCGCUGAUCCUAAUGUGUCAGAUGGCAAUGGCCUGUGUCCGGUUGAUGUCAUCGUUGUUCCACCAAGGCUGCAAGAGAUUAAGCUGGCCCUGGAACAGCUGCUUUCCCCUGAUCAAGGUUCGGUGGUCGAGAGGAGUAAUCUGAGGGUUCUCACUGCCAACACCAAUCACAGUAACUCCCCGCCUCUCUCCCCGUCCAUGGAGAAUAAUGGUGCAGAUUCUCCCAUGAAGUACGCUAAGCUCGACGCGCCACCAGCUUUGUUCGAGAAGAAGGAAUACCCUAUCGACCCAUCGUUACCGGACAUCAAGAACAGCGUGUACUCAACCGACGAAUUCAGGAUGUAUUCGUUCAAGGUCCGGCCAUGCUCUCGUGCCUACUCCCAUGACUGGACCGAGUGCCCUUUUGUCCACCCGGGCGAGAACGCACGACGAAGGGACCCUAGAAAGUUCCAUUACAGCUGCGUCCCUUGCCCCGAUUUCAGGAAAGGAGCGUGCCGACGUGGAGACAUGUGCGAGUAUGCUCAUGGUGUGUUCGAAUGCUGGCUUCACCCUGCUCAGUAUCGCACCAGGCUGUGCAAAGAUGGCACCAACUGUGCCAGGAGAGUCUGCUUCUUUGCUCACACCGUCGAAGAACUUCGACCUUUGUAUGUUUCAACUGGCUCAGCUGUUCCUUCCCCUCGCUCAACCGCUGCUACCGGGAUGGAUUUUGCUGCUGCCAUGAGCAUGCUGCCGCCUGGCUCUCCUUCGUCGCCCUUCACUCCCCCGAUGUCUCCGUCUGGUAACAAUGGCAUGUCAAAUCCUUGGGGGUCACAACAGCAACAGCCGAAUAACGUUCCUGCAUUGCAUCUGCCUGCGGGAAGUACCAAUCUCCAGUCGAGCCGGCUGAGAUCGUCCCUUCACGCGAGGGAUAUCCCCAAUGGAGGGGACUACAAUGGCAUGCUACCGGAUUUCGACAUGCAGAUCUUCAACGAGCUAUCUGCUCUCAACAAUAACAACAACUCAUUGAACCGAUCUGGACGCAUGAAGAUUCUGACUCCAUCAAACCUCGACGACCUCUUCUCCGCCGAGAACUCAUCCUCCUCUCCUCGGUAUGGCGAUCAAGGGCUGGUCUUCUCCCCAACUCACAAGUCAUCGCUGCUGAAUCAUCAGUUCCAGCAGCAGCAGAACAUGUUGUCUCCCAUCAACACCAACUUCUCCCCGAGGAGCGUCGUUGAUCACCCCGGGGCAGCGCUGUUGCAGCAGAUGUCGUCGCCACGCGAGCCCAUCUCGCCUAUGAGCGCUCGGAUUUCCCUGCUAGCUCAGCGGGAGAAGCAGCAGCUGCGGAGUCUGAGCUCGAGGGAGCUGGGGUCGAACAUUUCCUCCUCGCUCCUCGGUGGUGGUGGGGGGUCACCAGUGCAUCUGUCAAGGUGGGGCUCGUCCAGCGGGAGGCCUGACUGGACUGCUAGCGCCGACGAACUGGGGAAGCUCCGGAGGUCGAACUCGUUCGAGCUCGAGAGUGGGGACGAGCCGGACCUGUCGUGGGUUCAGUCGCUGGUGAAGGAGUCCCCAUCUGAUAUGAAAGAGAAGAUGAUGAUGUCAAUGCCAAUGCAGCAGGCUGGUGGCAGCAGCGUUCCUUCUUCAGGUGAGAGCAGUUCGAACUCGAACCUGCAGACGAUCGAGUCGAUCGACAACGCCAUGGGAGCGUGGAUUGAGCAGCUCCAGAUUGAUCAGCUUGUGGCUCAGCAGAACUGA